GCACAAUAUUGAUUCCUUACAUUGGCGUCAGUUACAUUCGUGCAGCUUGCCGGCAUUUUAUAUUGAAAAUCUUCAAAUUUAAUUGAAAGUAUGGGCGUCCAAGUUGAAACUUUAAAACCUGGAGAUGGAGUUAACUUCCCCCAACCCGGUAGAAAGGUUAUCGUACAUUAUACAGGCACUUUAACCAAUGGAAAGAAAUUCGAUUCGUCCAGAGAUAGAGGAACUCCCUUCGAAUUUUUUAUUGGAAAGGGUGCCGUUAUCAGAGGAUGGGAUGAAGGCGUUGCUAAAAUGAGCAUUGGCGAAAUUGCCAGGCUUACUUGCUCUCCCGAUUACGCUUAUGGACAAGCUGGAGCAGCUGGUGUGAUUCCUCCAAACGCUACCCUCAUUUUUGAGGUUGAACUCCUCAGCAUUCAGUAA